AUGGCUGCCUCGACCACACCACCCAGCCACACCUUCCCCGCGCCCACACCCUCAGAUGUCGAGAGCCUCAAACGCGCGUACCUCACUCUCCUGCCACAUCCCAGGCUCGUCGACCUCGUGCUCGCCUUCGACACACAUCUGCCCGACACCGCACGGCGAUUUCUAUGGCCGUCCGACCUUCGCGCUGCCGCCGACGCGCUCGCGCCACGACCUCCUCCGCCUGAGCCUACGCCCCCACCGGUAGAGCCCGCGCCGGCGCCCUCUCCGCCCCCACCUCCUCUGGAAGUGGAAGACGAAGAGCCAGAACCAGAACCCGCGUCCAUAGGGACAAACGACGAAUGGGCACACGUAGCCGCCGUACUCCAACAAGCAGCCGCCUCCGCCUCGACGCGCGCAACGCCCGACCCUAAACCCGCCUCGCCCGCCCCUCCACAGCCAAUCCAGACCCACAACGCCACAACAUACCCUCCACAGCCCUACGGCGGCUCGGCACUCCGGCCCGGCCAAUACACCUACCAGUCCUUCUCCCAGCCCUCAGCGACACCCUUCGCCGCGCCCGCCUCAACGCCCUCCUCAUCCCAACAAGGCUCAAGCAGAAACGCCACGCGACGCGACGAGAACAAUCUGCCGUCGUACGAAGAUAUGAUAUGUAUGGCGCUGGGCGAGCUGCGCGAUCCGGAGGGAUGCGCGCCGAAGACGCUGUUCAGCUGGAUGGCGCAGCGCUAUCCGCUGCAGGCGAAUUUCAGGCCGAGCGCGAGUCAGGCGCUGCAGAAGGCGUAUAAGAGGGGCAGGCUGGAGAAGAGCCAGGGUGGGAAGUAUAGGUUGAAUCCCAGUUUCGAUCCGGGGAUAUUGCUCGGCCAACGCCGACCAACGCGCCGUCCGCUCUCAAUGGCCGGAGCCCAAGCCGCCCUCGCAAACCGCAAAGCCCGCCUCGCCGCCUCCUCGCCAUCGCCCGCACGCCCCCCACCAAUCGACAUCACAACAUUACCGCCCGACUACGAUCCAAGACGCCGCCAAGCGAUCGACAUUACGACCCUACCGCCCGACUUCGACCCAAGACGGCCCUCAUCAUCGCUACAAAUCGCACCCUCACCCUCACCAUCCGCCUCCGCAUCCACUUCAACAUCCACCCUCCACCCGAGCACCAGUACAAAUACCGCACAAGGAACCUUCACGCAAGCGUACGGCCAAACAAGCCAUCCACCACAACACGUCCCCUACGGCGCGGCGUGGAACGCGUCGGCGCCGAGCGGGCGCGUCGUCGCGCCCGUGCCGGUGCUGGAGAACACGAACGUGCAGACGCAGGUGCAGGACGAUGCGCUGGCUAGUAUUUUGAGGGUUAUUGCGACGGCCAAUGCGCAUCGGCAGCCUGCGCAGGCGCAGGCGCAGGCUCAGGCGCAGGCUCAGCAAGCGCAGACUCAGGCGGUUGUGCAUCCGCAAACGCAGGCGCAGGCGCAGGCACAAGCGCAAGUGCAGGCGAGGCCUGUACAAGCCCCUGCACCAACACCGGCACCCAGGACGGGCGGUGGAGGCGGAAGCGGGCUAAGCGAUGCCGAUCGCGGCGAGCUCCAAAGAGGCCUAUUCCAGCUCGCGAAAGAGCUCGCAGAGAUCGUCGCCGAGGAAGAGGAGGAGGAGGAAGAAGAAGAGGAAGAAGAGGAGACGAGCGGUGGAUGGACGACCGCUCCAGGGUGGACUACGGGCAGCGCGAGUGCUGCUGCUGGGUGGUCGGGCGGUUGGCAGAGCUCUGGGGCGCCGAUGUGGCAGGGACAUGGACAUAGACAGCCGGUCGCGUCGGGGAGUGGAUGGCAGAAUGGACAUGUGCAGCCGAAUGCGCAUGCGGGUCCUUCCUCGGCGCAGAGGCAGGAGCCUGUGCGCUCGCCGUCGCCGGAUUUCCCGGAUGCGAUAUCGUUCGCGAGGCCCUCCGCAUCCGCAUCUGCACCAUCACAACAACAACACCGGCCUCAACAGCAGCCGCAAGCUCAGGCAGCAGCGUCUAUGGCACCACCGCCCUCGCUCGUACCGCCCAUGCCCGUAGUAGCCGACCACAGCGACUUCUUCAGCGCCCUACUAAGCGGCUUGCAAAGCUCGUCGACAAAUACUCCUGGGCCCGCUCCCGAUCCUCAAUCCGGAUCUACACUAUCGUACCCGAAUCUCGCACCAUCAGCCUCCCAUCCUGAACAACCUCAACCCGAACAACCUGUACAGGACCACCGAGAAACAAGACAACCCGUGCAUAUCGACGAGGGAACGGCCGAAGCCAAUCAGUUGUUGGACUCGCUCUUUCAUGCGGAGGAUGAUGCGAGCGAGGCGUUGUUUGGGCUUGACUUUCUUGGUGGUGGGGUACACACGCAUGGGGGAGGGGGUGAGGCGGGUGGUGGAACGGGUGGGACACGUGCGGAUGUUGAGAUGGGUGGAAUGCAAGCGGACGUGUCGAUGGAUGAUCUGGCGGCGUUGCAUGGGAUGUUCGGCGGUCCGGCGGCGACGGAAGCGGCGGGAGGCUCAACGGCGGCGCAGGGAGCGGGAGGUUCGGCGACAGCGAACGGCGACGUGGGAGGUCUCGCGGAAGCGGCGUCGAUAAUCGAAGCUGGCACGGCGGGAAGUGGCGCGGUCCAGGGAGCUGUGGCGCCGCCGGACAACGAUGUGAUGCCUGGGGGCAUACUCGUCAAUUCUUGGCCUGAGUCGAUACCGGGGCCACCGGGUCCGCCAGUCACGGCCACCGAGGGGGGCGGCGACGAGGGCGGUGAAGAUGGGGGAGAAGAGGAAGACGACGACGACGAUGACGAGGAUAUGGAGAUGGUUAUUAUCCCAUAG